AUGAACAACCCGUCCAACAUCUCGCUUGACGCGGCUGACAUCGCCCUGCCAGCCUACUACCAAGAUGUCAUAAUCGGUCGAGCAGCAUUCAAUCUGGUUACAGGAGAAGAUACGAUUCCAGGAGAGUUCUAUUACGAGCCGGCGAACUUGAAUGAUAUCGUAGCUGAAGUUGGCGUCGUAGACUUUAUUCUAACCUGGUUAUUGAUUUCUGCGGUGCAGCCCUUCCCCACCAGCUUCCUGCAAACCGGCAAUAGUCUUCCACUUACUAUUCAAGGAGAUUCUGCGAGUACCCCCAUUUGCAUCACUCCAGCCGGCGCGUGA